AUGGCCGACUCGACUCUGGACGACAGCGCUUCUGCCAUUGCCAUGUCAUCGACGAGAACUGCAGAUACGCACAUGACCAAGGAUAGCAUCCGCGCGUUUCUGAUUGACUUCUGCAUCGACGCCAAGACGCUGUACGACAAACCCAAGGAAUGCUGGGAAGCCUUUUAUGAGAAAACGCACCAUCCCGAGUACACCCAUAUCCGCAACUCGGGAAAUGCGUUGACAUCGCAAGAGUUUAUCGACAUGCUUACGGGGGGUGUCUUGGUAGGCACAGAUCUGCAGUUGGUCUCGAUUGACAAGAUCGUCUUGAUGGCGGGUGGACGAUCUGCCGUCGUGACCUACACGAUCGAUCAGCACUUUGAGUACAAGGGAGUACCCAAUUCGGAUCGAUGUGUCUACACGUUGGUAUUGGAAGAAGUCGAUGGAGAACCCAAAAUGGUACAAGAGCAACGAUCCAACGGCAUGCCAAUACCAAAACCCAAAUCCAGAUGGCAGACCAAUGCAGAUACAGAAGGACAUCACAAUCAUAUCGUAGACUAUGUCAAUGAUGACGACAGCGGCAAGACACACGGUGAAACCAUCAAAAGCAACGACCACAACAGCCACAACACUCCCAAACCGACGAAUGACCAAGUCACUCAUCAUCAUCAUAAUAACAGUCAUACGCAGCCACCCAAAAAGCCAAGCACUAGGAGGCGGUCCGGGACAUCCUUGGUCAGUCUCCACGAAGAAGCAGACGAUGCACCGGCUGCCACAGAUCCCUCCAAUCACAUGACCAUACCACCAACACCACCCAAGAACUCGUUCACCUUAGUUCCGACACCCGAGACAUCAUCAUCAUCGUCCACUGAAAAACACCACCAGAGACAAUCGACUACGCGUACUACGAAAGAAGAACCCACAUCUCCCAAUCAUCCAACACCCAAAAAAGCCAACCGAGAAACCAAGCGAACCAGUUCCUCGUGUACGUCGUCCUCCCCAACCCACCGACACAGAAACAUUUUGCGCGGCAACGACAAAGUCAAGCCUCUGCCCUCGAGAUGGAACUCGUGA